AUGUUACUCUCCUUCUCGCGUACACUCAUUCUAUUCGUCGUCAUUACUAUCCUGUUAAGUUACUUUUGUUCAGAAUUAAAUGCAGUUGGUGUUCAAGCAUCAUCAAGCAGUCUAUUACGGCAACGGCGACGUGUCUUACCUUCAUUAUCGUUGCAUCGUCAUCGCAAACCGUCGAGUGGUCAUCGGAAAACACAAAGAAUUGUACAGAAACAAAAAAUAUCGCGUAAAGUAACACCGAUACGAGGUGGAAGGGGUGGCUAUAAAAUUAAACAAAAAGUGAAAUAUUCACGAAAAGUAAAACAUGGUUAA